GCAAGGGCAGAAAAAAAAAAAGGAAAGCAGCUGCUCUGCUCUCUCUCUCUCUCUCUCUCUCGUCCUUUACUCAUACUCCUCCAUGUACUUCUCUCUCUCUCUCUCUCACAUCAAUAUCUUGUAUAUUACUAUUCCAUAAAUAGCAUUUCCUGAAUUCAUAUCUUCCCACAGAUCUGCUUUCUCUCCCUCUCUCGAUCGAGUAUCAAUCGAUUCCCAAAACAGGGCAGAAUCUAGUCGCCAUCAUCAUCACCAGCGGUGAUGAAGGUCCCGUGCUGUUCGGUAUGCCAGAUGCGAUACGAUGAGGAAGAGCGGGUCCCGCUCCUCCUCCAAUGCGGCCACGGCUUCUGCAAGGACUGCCUCUCUCGCAUGUUCUCCGCUUCCCCUGAUACUACCCUAUCCUGCCCCCGCUGCCGCCAUAUCUCCACCGUCGGUAACUCCGUCCAAGCCCUCCGCAAAAACUUUGCAGUCCUCUCCCUCAUCCACCCUUCCUCCCCUUCCUCCUUUGACUGCGACUUCACUGACGAUGAGAACGAUGCCGCCACUGCUGCCGACCCAGAUGAAGAAGAGGAUGAGUUUGGCUGCCGCAGCCGUCGCAGGCGCAGCAGCCAGUCUCAUACAUCCAGUUCCGGGUGUGGGGUCCCCAUCGACCUCGGCUCCCACCAUGGCCUGCGGCUGGUUCGGCAGCUUGGGGAGGGGAAGCGGGCCGGGCAAGAGAUGUGGUCGGCUGUGCUGUCAGCGGGUUCUUCCUCUUCGACAUCAGAGGGCGGGUGCCGGCACCGGGUCGCGGUGAAGAGGGUUAUACUCGGGGAUAAGACGGAUUUGGUCUGGGUGCAGAGCCGUCUGGAGGGCCUGCGGCGUGCGUCAAUGUGGUGCCAGAACGUGUGCACCUUCCAUGGGGCAGUUCGGAUGGAUGGACGCCUCUGCCUUGUCAUGGAUAGGUAUUGUCACUCUGUGCAGUCGGAAAUGCAGCAGAAUGAAGGUCGCCUCACUUUGGAACAAAUUCUAAGAUACGGGGCAGACAUUGCCCGUGGGGUAGCAGAACUCCAUGCAGCAGGUGUUGUCUGUAUGAAUCUAAAACCAUCCAAUCUUCUUUUGGAUGAAAGAGGUCGAGCAGUGGUUUCUGAUUAUGGGCUUCCAGAGAUUCUGAAGAAGCCUUGCCGAAAAUCUCGAUCAGUUUCAGAAGAGGAAAAUCCAAGAAUGCAUUCCUGUAUGGAAUGUACAAUGCUGAGUCCACACUACACAGCCCCUGAGGCAUGGGAACCAUUAAAGAAGUCACUAAACAUAUUUUGGGAUGAUGCACUUGGUAUAUCUCAGGAGUCAGAUGCAUGGAGUUUUGGCUGUACCCUGGUGGAAAUGUGCACUGGUUCCAUUCCGUGGGCUGGAUUAAGUUCUGAAGAAAUUUAUCGAGCUGUGGUCAAGGCUCGGAGGUUGCCCCCCCAGUAUGCAAGUGUAGUUGGUGUUGGGAUACCUAGGGAAUUAUGGAAAAUGGUUGGUGAGUGCCUGCAGUUCAAAGCUUCAAAGAGACCUACUUUCCAUGCAAUGCUAGCAAUAUUCCUUCGCCAUUUGCAAGAGAUACCUCGCAGUCCUCCUGCAAGCCCUGAUAAUGAUUUUGCCAAGGGUCCUGGAACAAAUGGCGUGGAGCCAUCCCCUACAUCAGUCUUGGAGGUUUUUCAGGGUAACCCAACUACCCUACAUCGACUUGUAUCUGAAGGGGAUCUGGAUGGUGUUAGAAAUCUGCUUGCAAAGGCUGCAACGGAAAACAAUAACUGCUCAGUUGGUUCACUUCUAGAAGCACAAAAUGCUGAAGGACAAACUGCCCUGCAUCUGGCUUGCAGGCGGGGUUGGGCAGAACUUGUUGAAACUAUUUUGGAGCACAAAGAGGCUGAUGUGGAUGUCUUAGACAAAGAUGGAGACCCUCCAAUUGUGUUUGCUUUAGCUACUGGAUCCCCAGAAUGUGUCCGUGCUCUUAUCAGAAGAUCUGCUAAUGUUACUUCUAGGCUGAAGGAUGGCUUUGGUCCAUCUGUUGCUCAUGUUUGUGCUUUUCAUGGCCAACCAGAUUGCAUGCGUGAGUUACUAUUAGCAGGGGCUGAUCCCAAUGCAGUGGAUGAUGAAGGUGAAUCUGUGCUGCAUAGAGCCAUUGCCAAGAAAUACACUGAUUGUGCUAUUGUUAUAUUGGAAAAUGGAGGUUGCAGAUCAAUGGGCAUUCGGAACUCAAAAAAUUUAACGCCUUUGCACAUGUGCAUAUCAACAUGGAAUGUGGCUGUUGUCAGAAGGUGGGUGGAGGUUGCAUCUCAGGAAGAGAUUGAUGAAGCAAUUGAAAUUCGAAGUCCGGUUGGAACUGCAUUGUGUAUGGCAGCUGCUCUAAAGAAGGACCAUGAAGCUGAAGCUAGAGAAUUGGUAAGAAUAUUGCUUGCUGCUGGGGCAGAUCCUACUGCCCAAGAAACACAGCAUGGGCGGACAGCUUUGCAUACUGCCGCGAUGGCUAAUGAUGUUGAGCUGGUCAAGAUUAUUCUGGAUGCUGGAGUUGAUGUGAACAUCAGGAAUGUGCACAAUACGAUACCUCUUCAUGUAGCAUUGGCAAGAGGUGCAAGAUUAUGUGUUGGGUUACUUUUAUCUGCUGGAGCAAAUUGUAAUUUGCAGGAUGAUGAAGGUGACAACGCGUUCCAUAUAGCAGCUGAUUCUGCAAAGAUGAUACGUGAAAAUCUGGAGUGGAUUGUUGUCAUGCUGCAGUAUCCAAGUGCUGCUAUUGAUGUCAGAAACCACAGUGGCAAGACUUUACGUGAUUUGUUGGAAGCCCUCCCCCGAGAAUGGAUCUCAGAAGAUCUGAUGGAAGCCCUCAUGAGUAAGGGAAUUCAUCUGUCCCCAACCAUAUAUGAAGUAGGGGAUUGGGUGAAAUUCAAGAGAAGUGUGAAGACUCCUACAUAUGGAUGGCAAGGUGCAAGGCAUAAGAGUGUUGGCUUCGUUCAGAGUGUCAUGGACAGGGAUAACCUCAUCGUAUCUUUCUGCACUGGGGAGGUCCAUGUUCUGACAAAUGAGGUUAUGAAAGUGAUCCCUUUAGACAGGGGACAGCAUGUGCAACUUAAACCAGACAUUAAGGAGCCAAGGUAUGGAUGGCGCGGUCAAUCUCGUGACAGCAUUGGAACGGUACUCUGCGUUGAUGAUGAUGGGAUUCUGCGUGUUGGCUUUCCUGGAGCAUCUAGGGGAUGGAAAGCUGAUCCUGCAGAAAUGGAAAGGGUUGAAGAAUUCAAGGUCGGUGACUGGGUUCGUAUUCGUCCCUCUCUAACAACUGCAAAACAUGGUUUGGGAUCUGUCACACCUGGAAGCAUUGGGAUCGUGUACUGCAUCAGACCAGAUAAUAGCCUAUUGUUGGAACUGAGCUAUCUACAAGGUCCAUGGCACUGUGAACCAGAGGAGGUUGAACCUGUAGAACCAUUCAGGAUUGGUGACCAAGUUUGUGUGAAGAGAUCUGUUGCUGAGCCGAGAUAUGCAUGGGGUGGUGAGACGCAUCACAGCGUAGGAACAAUAAGCGAGAUAGAGAGUGAUGGUCUACUCAUAAUUGAAAUUCCAAAUCGGCCCAUUCCAUGGCAAGCUGAUCCUUCUGACAUGGAAAAGGUGGAGAAUUUUAAGGUUGGGGAUUGGGUCAGAGUGAAAACAUCUGUAUCAUCACCAAAAUUUGGAUGGGAGGAUGUUACACGUAACAGCAUUGGACUAAUUCAUAGCCUUGAGGAGGAUGGUGAUAUGGGUGUGGCCUUUUGCUUCAGGAGCAAGCCUUUCUGUUGCUCUGUGACUGACAUGGAGAAAGUGCCACCUUUUGAAGUAGGACAAGAGAUUCAUGUGAUGCCGUCAAUUUCUCAGCCACGUCUUGGAUGGUCAAAUGAAACUGCGGCUACUAUUGGCAAGAUCUCAAGGAUAGACAUGGAUGGGACACUGAAUGUAAAGGUGGCUGGGAGAGCUAGCUUGUGGAAAGUUGCACCUGGAGAUGCAGAACGGCUUUCGGGGUUUGAUGUUGGUGACUGGGUCCGUUUGAAGCCAAGUUUUGGUACGAGACCUAGUUACGAUUGGAAUGGCAUUAGCAAAGAAAGCUUAGCCGUGGUGCACAGUGUUCAGGAUAGUGGUUAUUUGGAAUUGGCCGGAUGUUUCCGAAAAGGGAGGUGGAUGACACAUUACACUGAUGUUGAAAAGGUAGCAUGCUUGAAGAUUGGACAACAUGUCCGGUUCCGUGCUGGGAUCGUUGAGCCACGUUGGGGGUGGAGGGACACCUCUCCCGAUUCCCGUGGCAUUAUUACUGGUGUUCAUGCAGAUGGAGAAUUGAGGGUGGCAUUUUUUGGCAUGUCAGGACUGUGGAAAGGGGAUCCUGCUGAUCUUGAGAAGGAGGAUAUGUUCGAGGUGGGAGAGUGGGUGAGAAUCAGAGACGAUGCUAAUGGGUGGAAGUCGCUGAAGCCCGGGAGCAUUGGUAUUGUACAAGGAAUAGGCUAUGCAGAAGGGGAUGUGUGGGAUGGAAAUGUACUCGUUGGGUUUUGCGGGGAGCAGGAAAGGUGGGCAGGCCCAGCUUCCCAGCUAGAAAAAGUGGAUGAACUGGCGGUUGGGCUGCGGGUGAGGGUGAGGCCAUGUGUGAAGCAACCACGAUUCGGGUGGUCAGGCCACAGCCAUGCAAGCAUUGGGACCAUAUCUGCAAUAGAUGCGGAUGGAAAGCUGAGGAUAUAUACGCCAGCAGGCUCGAAGGCAUGGAUGCUGGAUCCCGCUGAGGUUGAGAGGGUGGAGGAAGAGGAAAUUUCUAUAGGUGACUGGGUAAGGGUGAGGCCAUCCGUAUCAACUCCGACUCACCAGUGGGGGGAAGUCAGCCAGACGAGCAUCGGUGUGGUGCAUAGGAUAGAAGAUGGGGAGCUACUAGUGGCGUUCUGUUUCUUGGAGAGGCUAUGGGUAUGCAAGGCAUGGGAGAUGGAGCGGGUGAGAGCGUUUAAGACAGGAGACAAGGUGAGAAUAAGAAGGGGAUUGGUGACGCCGAGGUGGGGUUGGGGGAUGGAGACAUACGCGAGCAAAGGUGAGGUGGUGGGUGUGGAUGCAAAUGGUAAGCUAAGGAUCAAGUUCAGAUGGAGAGAAGGGAGGUUGUGGGUUGGUGACCCGGCGGAUAUUGUUCUCAAUGAUGAAAACAGUGAGAGCCCUUCCUUGUAGGGGGGGUUGAUCAAUGCACAUUCUAAUAUGUUCCUUUUGGUUUGUAGUAAUAUAUGUCAUUCUGCAUCUUCCUUUCUUGACCAUUUCAUUCGUUCAGCUUUGGCUCGAUCGGCAGAGCAGCUGUGAUGCCUGAUCGUCUAUCUGUUGGUCGCACACAAUAAAGAGGGCCGCUGCCGUUGGUUACGAGCUGGGAGUUGCUCGGAGAAGACAGGUGAGUGAGAUAGAUGAGGAGAGGAUGGCCGGCACAUUUACUGUUGCUAUCAAAUCAAGAGAUGAAGAGAGGUUAUAUAUACAUACAUAUCUGAUUAUAUUGUAGGUUGUAUUCAUAUUUCUCAUGUAUGUAGGGUUGAGGUUUAUAUUUCUGAUAGAUGAUGGUUUAUGUAUUUAUUCUUAAGUAUGUACAAAUUAAACUCAUGUCCUCUCUUUGUGAGUUAUGGCAACUUUUGAGCAUUUGAUCUUC